CUUCGCUCCUUGAACGUCUUUGCACUUUGAACGUUUACAUAAGCACGAUUAUUUGUCAAGUAUACAGCUUGUCUGGAAAAGACACGGCUACCUAACGUACGAUGGGUUUUGAGGACUCCAUUAUGCAGACAGUUGAAUGCAUCAAAGAGACCCUUGGCAACCUUGAUCGGUCUAAACUACAGCUCUUAGCACUCUCUUCUGCUGGAGUUGGUGCUCUUUUGUGCUACUUGGCAUGGAAGCAAAGCCCCAAAACGAUACCAAUGGGAGAUGGCUGGUGGGGAGCUGGGGAGAAGCCUUUAACUGAGGACAAAACCAUUCACAGAUUUGUAGUGAAGACCUCGGUGGAAGAGAUAGAGGAUCUGCACAGACGCAUUGAUCAAACACGCUUCACGGAUCCACUGGAGGAUUCCUGCUUUCAUUAUGGAUUUAACUCGUCUUACCUUAAACGGGUGGUCUCUUAUUGGAGACAGGAGUUUGACUGGGAGAAGCAGGUGAAGGUGAUUAACCAGUAUCCUCACUUCAAAACCAAAAUUGAGGGUAUAGAUGUGCAUUUCGUUCAUGUGAAGCCUGUUCAGAAGUCUGGAAAGACAGUUCUCCCUCUCAUGAUGGUUCACGGCUGGCCUGGUACCUUUUAUGAGUUUUACGGGAUUCUGCCCUUGCUUACUGAGACGGAUUCAAAUGUGGUCUUUGAGGUCAUCUGUCCCUCCAUUCCAGGCUACGGCUACUCUGAAGCACCACAUAAAAAAGGUUUUAAUACUAUGGAAGCUGCCCGCAUCUUCCAUAAGCUCAUGGAAAGACUGGGGUUCACUGAGUUUUAUGUGCAGGGAGGAGACUGGGGAGCUUUCAUUACCAGCAACAUGGCCCAGAUGAAGCCAGAGUGUGUUCGUGGUCUACACUUGAACAUGAUCAUUGCCAGGACAGACAGCCUUGGACAGCUCCUCUCCUUAGUCAUUGGUCGCUACCUGCCGUUCCUGGUGGGCUUUACAAAGGAAGAUGUCAGACGACUCUAUCCCUACAUGGAGAAGAAUUUAUAUGAUAUACUGAGAGAAACUGGCUAUUUACACAUUCAAGCCACUAAACCGGACACAGCAGGAUGUGGACUGAAUGACUCUCCAGUCGGAUUGGCUGCAUAUAUCUUGGAGAAAUUCUCCUCCUGGACAGACUUGGGAAACAGAGACUUGGAGGAUGGAGGUUUGGAGAGGAAGUUCAGUCUAGAUGAUCUCCUUACAAAUGUCAUGAUCUACUGGACCACAUGUUCCAUCAUUCCCUCCAUGCGUUUCUACAAAGAGAACCUGAAGAAAGACUUCAAGACGAGGGUGGACAGAGUGACAAGUGUGUUUGUGCCCACUGGCCUGGCUGCCUUUCCUGAUGAGUUACUCCACUGUCCUAGAGCCUGGGCCAGCUCACGGUUUGCAGAUGUGCGUUCCUUCACCUACAUGAGCCGAGGGGGUCACUUCGCUGCCUUCGAAGAACCCCAGCUUCUGGCUAAUGACAUCAUUCAGUUUGUGGAGAAAGUGGAGAGCAAAGUCCACAAAUAACAGCUUUAUUCCAGUAUCUUAAGGAAAAAAAAAUGCACUGCUUUGGGCUGCGUUUCCAAAAAGCAUUGUAUGCUUAAGUUGAUAGUAGAACAAUUGCCACCAAUGGUCUCUACGAUCAACUUAGGCUUACUAUGCUUUUGGGAAAUGCAGCACUGAUCGUUUCCAUUUAGUGUUAGAAAUCCAAGGUUUUUCAGUGAACCAAAUGAAGUUAUAUAAUGAUGUUCUGUACAAUAUAAUUUACACUCUUUUUUUGCAUGAUGUCUUGUGCAUAAAACUCUAUAGAUAUACUCUUUUUUUUACUUUGUGCUAUUAAAGUCUGCAAAGUUUCAAAAGCUCACCUCUGCUUGCUAAGGAGAAACUUAGUUUCAUGGAAUAUUACAAUAUACACUACAAUCAUUACUGUGUCAUUUCAAUCAGUUUAAUUAACUCUGACCUUAAGAUUGAAUGUUCUUUUUUAAGUGAAUGGAAAUGCUAAUAAAUGCAAAUAAAAGCAGA